AUGUCAAAUACACAUCAGUCUGUGAAUAAUUUAACUUCUGAGCAGCAGUAUCAGGGUACGCUGGAGAAAGUCUUGUUUUCCACUCUGACCACGAUGCCAUGCUGUGUGUUUCUCUUCAUUAACGGAACAAUGCUUUUCACCUUGCGGAGUAAAGCUGUGUUCUGUGACACCUCUCGGUACGUCCUCCUGUUUAACCUCCUGUUUGCAGACACUGCACAGAUGGCACUGAGCCAGGUGCUUUACAUUAUAGCUGCAUGUGGAAUAACACUCACAUACCCUGUAUGUGGUACUCUCAAUUUCUUGGCCAGCCUCACGACAGUGAUUUCUCCUCUGACGCUGGUUCUGAUGUCUCUGGAGAGAUACGUGGCUGUGUGCUUUCCACUCAGACAUACUUCCAUCAUUACCAUUAGAAAUACAGCUGUGGUGGUCGCUGUGGUCUGGGCGUUCAGUUCACUAAAUAUCCUCACUCGAGUUUUUUUGCUGUUAAAAUUUCCUUUUGAAGGUAUGCCAAGCCUGCAGAUGAACGUCUUUUGUUCUGAAAUGGCAAUGGUACUUGAUUAUGUGUCUGAUCAGUAUGUCAAAGCGUUUACUUGCUUUGUGUUUGUUUCUGCUGGUCUGGUUGUUAUUUCUACCUAUGUUAGUGUGAUGAUGGCUGCAAGGUCAGCCUCUGCAGACAAAGCUUUAGCCAGAAAGGCUCGUAACACCCUGCUGCUGCAUGUGGUGCAGCUGGGCCUGACCCUGUCCUCAACUAUAUACAGCCCACUACUUAUUGCUCUCUCCAGAAUUUUAACAAGAAUAGUGUUCGUACGAAUCCAGAAUGUUUUAUACGUGUGUGUUUUCAUCUUCCCCAGAUGUCUGAGUUCUCUUAUUUAUGGCUUGAGAGAUCAGAGCAUCAAGCCGGUUCUUAUUUACCAUCUAUGCUGCCGAAUGAAACUUCUGCCAGUCCGAACUGAUCCCACUGUUGGCUGA